CUGAAUCCAAACCUCACCUCAUUUUCUGCACAUUCCGCUUUUCCCACACCGCCACUAAUCGCGGAAGAUCUCCAGAUUCGGUGGAAGCGCCUCUUCUUUUUCUUUCUCUGCCUGGGUCAACUGAAUCCAAACCUCCAAUUCAUAAAACCUAUUUCAGAUUUCCCGAAAUCCUUCUUCAGACGAAUCAUGAUUCCCAGAAGAAAACCCAGUUCAAGAUUCCUCCUUUUGACUCUCACUAUCCUCCUGUUGAUCAAUCUCUCCGCAUUCGUCGCAUCCACAGAACUCGACGAAGACGAGGAGAUAGACGAAUUGCUUGCCAUUGAUGAGCAAGAAGAUGAAGAGGGUUCAGCGGAUCAACAUCAUCACGUGGAGCAGCAGAAGGAGGCCGAGGUAUUGACCAAAGCGCAAAGGAUAGUACUUGAGCUGAAUAGCGACAGCUCUAACAGGGUGAUUAGUGAGAAUGACUUUGUUUUGGUUCUUGGGUAUGCGCCGUGGGACACCCGGAGUGCAGAGAUAAUGCCUCAAUUCGCUGAAGCUGCGAACAAGCUCAAGGAGUUAGGAAGUCCAAUUGUGAUGGCUAAGCUUGAUGCUGAAAGGUAUCCCAAGGCAGCUUCCGCGCUUCAGAUCAGAGGGUUCCCUACUUUGCUUCUCUUUAUCAAUGGCACCUCUCAGGCUUACACUGGUGGAUUUACUGGGGCACUGGUAGUUAAGAAUUUACUAAAAAGUUUGAUAUUUACUAAAAAGACUGGUGAUCCAGUGAUUAGAGUAAAUUCAGUUGCUGAAGCAGAGAAAUUUCUUGAGACGUAUCAUAUCUAUGUUCUUGGUCUGUUUGACAAGUUUGAGGGUUCUGAUUAUGAAGGAUUUGUUAAGGCGGCAAUCUCUGACAAUGGAAUCCAGUUUGUCGAAGUGGGUGACCAUGGAGUUGCUAAAGUUCUUUUCCCAGAUAUCAAGCUCACUAGCAAUUUCGUUGGGCUAGUGAAAAGUGAAGCUGAGAGAUUUACUACAUAUGAAGGGGUCUUUGAGAUGGACAAGAUUCUGGAGUUUUUGGCUUACAAUAAGUUUCCUUUAGUUACCAGACUGACAGAGUUGAAUUCUGCCUCUGUAUACUCGAGUCCAAUCAAACUUCAGGUUAUGGUUUUUGGACGGGACAAUGAUUUCGAAAGACUUAUUGAGCCUCUGCAACAGGUUGCCAGGAAGUUAAAAUCUAAGAUAAUGUUCCUAUACGUAGACAUCGAGGAGGAGAACCUAGCAAAGCCUUUCUUAACUCUGUUUGGUCUUGAAGAGUCAGACGACACAUUGGUGACUGCUUUUGAUAACAAAAUCAGCACCAAGUUUUUGUUAGAAGCUGUGCCAACAUCUGGGAACAUAGAAGAUUUUUGCUUAGGCCUUCUGCAUGGAAGUUAUCCGCCUUACUACAAAUCACAACCCGUGCCUGAUAACAAAAAUGCGACCGUCCAGGUGGUCGUCGGAAAAACGUUUGACGAGUUGGUUCUAAGUAGUCCGAAGAAGAUACUUCUUGAGCAGAUAUUUACGCCUUGGUGCAUCAACUGCGAGACUACAAGCAAGCAGGUUGAGAAGCUGGCAAAGCAUUUCAAAGGGUCUGACAGCUUAGUCGUUGCAAGGAUUGAUGCUUCUGCAAAUGAACAUCCCAAAUUGCAGGUAGCCGACUAUCCGACACUCUUGCUUUACCCAGAAGAUGAUAAAGCGAAUCCGAUCAAACUCUCAACAAAAUCCAGUGGAAAGGACUUGGCUGCGACCAUCAAUAAGCAUUUGAAGUCAAAAGUCUCAAAAGAUGAACUAUAGUUAGGGAACCUAGAACUAGAAACAGCAGUCAGGACUAUUGAGAAGUUAACCAUGCAGAGAGCUUCUAAUUGGAAUGCAGACUACAGGGUCGCUCUUACAAAUAUCUUCCGAUCUGAUGCAAAUGCAUACCAUAGCGAAAGCGCGACUGUAGAGUCUGUUCAGUAGGCAGAGUGCAUAAUUUCAGUUGUACGGUUAAUGUAUACACAGAUUGUUACAUCAUUGCAGCAGAACAUCGGCUAGUUGCGCAAAUGUCAAAUGUGUAUCACUCUUCUCCUCCACAAUUUAGAGGCUCAAUUAGGAUUUAUCUGCGACAAGCUCAGUAGCCAGUAUGCCAUUUGAGUAUAUUGUUAUAUAGUACUUAACCACUAAACAAAA